GGAAGUGUGCUGCCCGCUCGGUCCGGCCCUGCCCGCCGCCAGCCCGCCGCCCGGGCACCGGAGCCUGGCCCGCCCCGGGUCCCGGCCCCCGUGCACGCCGAUGCCCAGCCAGCCCGCUGACCCCCUGGAGUGGAAUGAGUCUAUGCACGCCCUCCGGAUAAGUGUGGGGGGUCUUCCCGUGCUGGCGUCCAUGACCAAGGCUGCCGACCCCCGCUUCCGCCCCCGCUGGAGGGUGAUCCUGCCGUCCAUGGUGGGCGCCGCCGUCCUCUGGCUGCUCUACUCCCACCGCCCUGCGCCGGGGAGGGCCCCCGCCCACAACGCACACAACUGGAGGCUCGACCGGGCACCCGCAUCUCGCUACAAUGACACCUACCCCUUGUCGGCUCCCCAGAGGACGCCGGGCGGGACUCGGUACCGCAUCGCGGUCAUUGCCGACCUGGACACAGACUCGAGGGCCCCGGAGGAGAACACGUGGGUCAGCUACCUGAGGAAGGGCUAUCUGACCUUGUCAGACAGCGGGGACAAGGUGGCCGUGGAGUGGGACAGAGAGCACGGGGUGCUGGUGUCCCACCUGGCGGAGAAGGGGCGGGGCAUGGAGCUCUCCGAUCUGAUCGUCUUCAAUGGGAAGCUCUACUCCGUGGACGACCGCACGGGCGUCAUCUACCAGAUCGAAGGCACCAAGGCCGUGCCCUGGGUCAUUCUGCCGGACGGGGACGGCACCGUGGAGAAAGGCUUCAAGGCUGAGUGGCUGGCGGUGAAGGACGAGCGCCUGUACGUGGGCGGGCUGGGCAAGGAGUGGACCACCAGCACCGGGGAGGUGGUGAGGGAACCCGAGUGGGUGAAGGUGGUGGGUCACAAGGGCAGCGUGGACCACGAGAACUGGGCGUCCAGCUACAGCGCCCUGCGGGCCGCCGCUGGCAUCCGACCGCCAGGCUACCUCAUCCACGAGUCGGCGUGCUGGAGCGACACGCUGCAGCGCUGGGUCUUCCUGCCCCGCCGGGCCAGCCACGAGCGCUACAGCGAGCAGGACGACGAGCGCAGGGGCACCAACCUCCUCCUGAGUGCCGCCCCCGACUUCAGCGACGUCUCCGUCAGCCACGUGGGCCGCGUGGUCCCCACGCAUGGCUUCUCAUCCUUCAAGUUCAUCCCCAACACCGACGACCAGAUCAUCGUGGCCCUCAAGUCCGAGGAGGACAGCGGCAAAGUCGCCACCUACGUCAUGGCCUUCACGCUGGACGGCCGCUUCCUCCUGCCGGAGACCAAGAUCGGCACCGUCAAGUACGAGGGGAUCGAAUUCAUCUAAGUCAGGAGGAGACCCGGGCGGGCCGGGCCGGGCGGCGGGGCCGCGUCCCACUCAGAUCUGGUAAACGCCGGAGGGCUCAUCGGCUGUGUUGGGUUUGUUCCCCUCCCGGGGCUCCGAGGUUGGGCCUGUGUGAGCGUUGCCAAACCCAGGGAAACAGCCCCGAGCUGGGGACCGGGCCUGAAGGCGGCUCUGCGCUGCCCUCUGCUGGUGGACGUGGGUCACAGCAGGCAUCGGGAUUCUGGGGCUUUGGCUGACCUCUCUUCCCGGCCGGAGCCCCCGCGCAGUGUGCAUUGCCGUGCCCCACCAGGAACAGCAAAGAGUGGGAGGUGGGUCUGUGCUUUCCCAGCUCCUCCUCCAGGAGCCCGGGGCUGGGUGUGGGGGGGCCUGCCCACACGGCUGCGGGAGCAGGCCCAGGGCCCCUCCCAAGCUUCACAGGGCCCGAGCCAGGAGAGCCCGUGGCUGUCGGCCCCUCCGAGGGGACACAGCCCGGCCACGGGAGCCAGGUGAGCGCUCACGUUUCUGUGUGACCGUGCCGAGCCCGGGCCGUCGGACACGAAGGUGAAAGGUCGCCCUUCCCAGCGCUGCACGUGCGCCUCACUCCGCUCCGACGGACAGCCUGAGGCUUUCAUUCCCCGACUCCGAGGGCUCGACCUUGGCUGCGGUGGGGCCCGGGCCCCCUCCUCUGGACACUCUUGGCCCAGACUGCGGCUUGCGGUCCCCCGCGGGGUCUGGGGCGGAGGUCAGGCACUGCCUGAGCUGGGAAGGGCGUCUCCGCGCGGUGGCCUGGCUGCUGCCGAGCCACUCCCCGCACGCCUCUUCCACCGAGACUCCAGGGCAGCCACCAGCGCGGGAGUGGAGGCGCCGCGGCCCCAGGACCCAGCGUCCCCUGCGGGCCCUGUGACCAGCCAUGCUGCCUGGCUCUGGAGGCCCCAGGGCGGGCCCGUUGUGUUUUGUAAACAAUAAAGCCGCAGAGGGACCUGUG